UGCAUGCAUCCUCCAGGGCUAAUCCUGCCCAUGCUCCUCCCUGCCCGUUUCACCUCGGGCUCUACGGUCACUGCCUGCCCCCUGCCCAGGGCUGCUUCCGGCUGUGGCAGCAGAGAGGAGUGCAAUCUCAGCCCUAAACCAGGUGAGGCUGCCUCUGCUUCAGAGGCAAAGAUCUACAAGGCGUGGCGUGGCACACGCCUGUAGUCUAAGCACUCGGGAAGCUCCAAGGCAGGAGGAUACUGCGAGUUGAGGCCAGCCUGGGCUACAUACUGCGUUCAAGGUAGUCUGAACCUCAGUAGCAAGACCUUGCCUUGCACAGCAGGAAAUUCCUGGCAAAAUUCUGUGUGGCUCUAUGGACCUGCCUCAUCCGCCCACCACUUUGGGACUCAGGGGAAAGGAGGGAGGGCCUGGACCCUUCCUAGUGCCGGAUAGACACCAAGGACUGUAGCCUCCAGCUUCCCUGCCUGCCCCACCUCAGAAACCAGUGAGGAAGAGGAGUGUGGCCACCCGGGCCUGUGGUUCCAGACUCCUUGGCACCCAGGACCGGCAGCCUCCUGCUAGGGGGAACAAAGCCCUGCCCCUGGUUGAGCCAGCACCACCAGGCGCAGGAAAGAACCUGUCAUCCCAGCACUCAGGAGGCUAAGGCAGGAGGAUCGCUGGAGUCUGAGUCCAACCUGGGCUACACAGUAAGACCUGUCUCAAAAAAGAAAAGAAAACUGGAAAUCUGAGUACUCUCAAGACUACCAGAAGGCUGGCAGUCUUUCUGGAGGGCUGCUUUUCCUCCUGCAGAGAGGGCUGACGGCUGGGGGUGGGACCCUCUACUGCUCAUUUAGGGAAGACCCGUCAGGUGCGGUCACUUUUGCUUUUGUUGUUCAGUUUUGUAGACAGUUGGCCUCCUGCAGUACAGCGAGGGGAGGUGCAUGCAGGUUUUCCACCUUCAAGUCUGGUGUGACCACUCAGGCUGCCCCGGGCUGGGUUCAGCCCCUAGAUUGUGGUAGGCUGCCUACCAAGCAAGCACCUGGCACUGGAUGCUGCCAACCUGCCCACAGUGCGUGCGGGCCUCACCUGCCAGGUUCUCGUCACUAGCACAAAGCCCCCUGAGCCAUGGGUGAGAUGCUUUCCUGGCUGGGCUCCCCCGAGGAGGAUGAGCACAGGCUUCUCCUGUGCCCCCGCCUGGCCACAGCCAGCUGCCACGCCAGCAGCGCCCAAUCACCCUGCUCCUGUGUGCCUGGUAGAGGCGUGGCCAGUGGCAGCUGUGUGACUUGUCCUACCUGCCAGGGCAGCGGGAGGAUCCCCCAAGAGCUGAAGAAGCAGCUGGUGGCCGUCAUCCCCUAUGGGGACCAGAGGCUGAAGCCCAGACACACGAAGCUCUUUGUGUCCCUGGCAGUGCUCCUGUGCCUGGCCACCACCUCCUUGGUCACCUUCGUCUUCUUUCUUUAGAGCCUGGCUGUGUGCCCUGUGAGCCUCAACUCCUCUUCCGUGGCCUUUGACAAGGCCAAUAUCCUGCUCAAUGCCACUAUCGUCUUGGACAUCUCCAACCCCAACUACUGGCUCACUGUGACCCAGCUGGCCAUCCAGGUCCUGCACCUGUCCCUGGUGGUGGGCCAGCUCUCCGAGAGCUUCCUGCUCCAUGUCGGCACUCUGGCCAAGGAGCAGCUGUUCUACACCUUGGCUAGCAGGAUUCACACAGCAGAAUUCAAAAUCUGUACCUGGCUGGAAAUCAAGGUCUACCACAUGCUGCUCCAUAUCCAGGGGACGCUGACCUACUCCUGCCUGGGCUGCACCAAAGAGCCAGUCUUUGAGAGCUUCCAGUACGUGAACUGCCAGGGAAAGGCGCUGGCCCACCGGCCCACCGGCCCGCCACCCAGCCUUGGGAACUGGCCCCCAUCAGAGCCAGCCCCAGAGGACCGAGGUUCCCACAGGCCCCCGAAGGCUGUGGUCCUCAUCACUCAUCAUUCACAGGUGGGCAUAGGGGUGGCCGACCUGGGUGACAGCAGGGUCUUCGAGGGGAAGAGGCCAGGGGCUGGGGGAGCACAUGUCAAGGAUUUACAUUUCCACAGCCGUCCUCGGGAUGGAGGAAAAAAGGACCCCCCAUGCCUGUCCCUUCUGCCUGGGCUGCUGGGCCUGGGAACCUUUGGGGGGUCUCUCCUGGGGGGUGUGGCUCAGGUCCCCCGGAGCAACUGCCUCCCCCAUGCCCGCCAGCCAGCUGCUCAGGUGUAA